AUGGGCACGUUCGUGACGCUGGCGGAGGUGUGUGAGGAGAGAGGGGCUCCGCUGGAGGAGCGGGAGGUGUGGUCACUUCUCAUCGCCGCCAGCCAGGCCCUCAGAGACCUCUUCAGCAAAGGUUCUGGAGGUGCCUGCAGCGUGAUCACUCCGGGCUCGCUGCUGCUCUCCUCUGCUGGGGGCGUGGCCUUUAAGUCAUGUGCUCGCUUUGAGGGCGUCGCCUCCUUCACCGCUCCCGAGACCACGCAGAGCCGCAGUGCCUCCAGCAGAGCCAACCCAGAGAAGAUGUCUGUGUAUUCUCUGGGAAUGACUCUUUACUGGACGGUGGAUUAUCAACUUCCCUCUAACCAGCCGGUUCUGCUGAGUGAGCGUCUGAACAACCUGCUGCUGAGCAUGUGUGAGGAGUGUGUGUCGCUUCGCUCCGAUCUGCAAGACGUGCUGGAAGUGUGUGAACAGCACCACCGACACACACCUCUGCCCCCCCACGAGCGCGUCAUACGCCAGCUAGUAGAGGACGUCCAGCAAGACCCGGAGAACCCUGUUGCCACCGGUUCCAACCAGCUCACGGACCGCAGCCAGACCGUCAGAGACAGGCUGAGGGGCUUGAAUCAGCAGUGCACAAGCUGGACCAACAGAGGCAGGAACUCCCUCAGCCAGCCCCUCAAGACCGACCAGCUACGUAGCAGGAGCCCCCUGCUGGACGGGGUCAGAACUCCACGGCCCACUGACUCCUUUGGCUCGUCCUUCAGCCUGGCCGAGAGGAAGCUCAAGAACUCGGGUCCAGAGUUUGUCAGAAUGCUGGAGGAGCCGCUGAUCAUCCUGGAGCUUCCAGAAUCCAUCGUGUCGAAGAAGGGCAAGUCGGGGGCGACCCAGCGGGACCUGCGGGUGUUCAUGCCCAGCGGGCAGUGCAUCAUGGUCAAGUGCGACGUCAAGUCCAAAGCUGGCGACGUCUUCGACAUGAUCAUCGCCCACACCAACCUCGUGGAGCACUUCUACUUUGGCCUCGCAUACUGCCACGAGGAGGAGUUCUACUUCCUGGACAGUGACACGAAGCUCUGCAAGGUGGCGCCAGAGAGCUGGAAGAAGGUGCCCACGUCCUCAUUCGCCCUGCACUUCAGGAUCAAGUUCUUCAUAUCCGACAUCACGCUACUCCUACACAAGCUGACGCGUCACCAGUACUACCUGCAGCUGAGGAGAGACCUGCUGGAGGAGCGGCUGCUGUGUGAUGUGGAGACGGAACUCUUCCUCGCCGCCCUGGCCUUACAGGCAGAGUAUGGGGACUGCUUACCUGAGGUGUAUGGGAAGAACUACUACCGGCCCGAGCACUAUGUGUGUAAGAGUGUGUUGGCCAAGAUGGCCGUCCCGUGCCUGAAGGACGAGCUGAUACGGUUGCAUGGCAACAAUGCCAACAUGACGACAGAGGAUUCUGAGCUGGAGUUCCUAAUGUCGGCGCAGCAGCUGGCGGACUACGGCGUGCUGUUCCACCGCGUGGCGCGCGAGAAGAAGCAAGGCAUCAUGGGAGAUACGCUGCUCGGCGUGUGCACCAAGGGCGUCCUCGUCUACGACGUCAAGAACACACUCCGCACCGUCAGCAUGAGGUUCCACUGGAGAGAGACCCUCAGCAUCUCCUCCUCCAAGCGGAAGUUCAUCAUCGAGAGCAGCACCAGUAAGAAGAAGCACACCUUUCACACGGAACGAUCUCACAUCGCCAAGUACCUGUGUGAGCUGUGUUCCGCACAGCACAAGUUCCACAAGGAGAUGAACUCCCGCCAGCUCAGCCACAGUGUCACCUCAGAGGAGAACAUCGUGCAGUACGCCACAGUGUUCCGUGCGCAGAACAGUGCCAUGGCCCGGCGUCUGUCCACCUCGGACAGCGGCCACCUAAACCACGCCCACCUAUCCCAGAAUUCCCUCUGCGGCCCCGGCGGGCUGCCCCGCGCCGACAGCGUCACAGGAAGUGACAUGAACAGGCUGUGCGAGGACAUCGCCACGCGCCUGCAGGCCAAGAUACGCCAGCAGAGAGAUUCACUAAGUGCCAGUAGUACUCCGGUCAUGAGGAGGGUCAUGGCGACGACCCCAGAGAUGCCCAGACGAGCAGAGACGCCCGUCGCCUCCCCUGUGUUUAGAGCGGACACACUACCCAACAAAAUCCGAGACCGGGAGACCGUGUGUGUGACACUCAGAAAGGACCCUCAACUUGGCCUUGGUAUAGUGAUUGUAGGAGAGGACACCACGGGGAGGUUGGAUCUGGGAAUCUUCAUCGCCUCAGUAGUACCAGGGGGACCAGCAGAUCGGGAUGGACGCAUCAAGCCAGGUGGUCGUCUCAUCUCCCUCAACCAGAUCAGCCUGGAGGGGGUGACCUUCACGGAAGCCGCUGAGAUCAUGCAGAACAGUUCCCAUGAGGUCGAACUCAUCAUCUCACAGCCAAAGGGUACGUUGCGGUCUCCGUGUGUGGGCCGUAUCCUGCCGAGGAACUACGACUCCCAGAGUACCUUGCUGCUGAGCGACGGGCGGCAGACGGACGAGGAACUGGACGAGCUGGUGACCGUCAUGAUGACCCCCAAAGCCGGUUUACACGUGCCUGAGGUCCGGAUACGCAACGCACAGGACAGCCCCUCUCUGUCUGGCUCCUGCAGCAGUUUGAGGCCAGAGGAGUUUACUGUGGAGCUGAGGAAGGAGUCAGGAAGCCUGGGCAUCAGCAUCGCUGCUGCAGUGAACUCAAACAACCAGCAGAAAGGAAUUUACAUCAAGAACCUGAUGCCGGGGGGUGUGGCCGAGCUGAGUGGUCGUAUCCAAUCAGGUGACCGGUUGCUGGAGGUGGACGGUGUUCGGCUGGAUACUUUGACCAAUCAACAGGCUGCAGAGCGCCUCUCCAAGGCAGGGGAGAUUGUGACGCUGGUUCUGGAGCGAGAGCCGGUCUUGGUACCACGGCGAUAUGUCGGUCCAGACAGGAGAAGCACCCUGAUGGCUCCUAGCAACGCCUCCCUACGUAACAACAGCUGCCCUGCCAUCACCAUGACAACGCCUUUCUCCAGCCAUCCCAAAGACUACAGCUUCGUGUCUGAUGGUGAGGGUUCAGCACAAAGCAGCACACACACACCACCACCGAUUACUGCAUCACCAUGA